GGAAAUGCACUUCGCAAAAGGCGCCGCAGAACGGCUUUUACCACCGAGCAACUUGAUCGCUUAGAGGAGUCAUUUGAACAAGAUAGAUUCCCAGGAUUCCAAAUACGUGAAGAACUUGCAAGGGAACUUGGCAUUGGAGAGGACAGAAUUCAAGUGAGAUGUUUGCGCACAGCAGUUUUAGUUUUUCCUGGGAUUAUACACUGACACAGAGGCAAUGAUUUAUACAGCGGAAUGCCAUUUAAUACAAGGAAGCCGUAAUUCGCUUUUUCUCAUGCUAAACCUUCUCUUUCCUAUGUUGUACCUUUAACUCAAAUCCGAUGAUUGAUGAUUUAAAUCAUCUCCGAUGAUUUUGGUCUUCAUAGAUUGUGAAACUGAAGGUUCAAGGCACAAGCUACUUCCAAUGAAAGCUAUUGACUCAAGCAUUUUCUCCACAAUGUAUUAUAUCUUGCUUUGUUAGCUAUUCCAUGCUCCAGUUUCGUCAGGUGUUUACCUAGUUUCUAACAUUGUUUAAUGGCUGUUACUUUCAGGUCUGGUUCCAAAAUCGCAGAUCGAGAUGGCGCAAGAGUUUAAGGAACCAACCAUCUACGGGCCCCAACAGUGAUAUCAGCAACCCAACCAGCAUAUUUCAGCUGUCGCUUGCCAGUUUCCCGCCACUGCAAUCAGCGCCCUUCAGAUCCAGUGAACCUUUUUUCCCGCCAUUUGCCAGCAGCCCUUUGUUCUUCCACGGCCACUUCGAUGCCAAUAUGACACCAGACGCUUCACAGGAUCCACAAACUGUCACCCCAAUGCUUGGCCCGCCUGUAUCAGCUUCAGCUAGCCCGUCCUUCCUGACCAGUGUGCCAUCCUCGAGCAGUUACGAGAAACUGUUCCAGGUUUCCUGCUUGAAGAAUCGCUACUCGGCCGACGAUUAUUUAGCUGCUGUUACUCUGGCGAGUGGUUUUCAGCGAGAAAAUUAG